GUGAUUUUAACAUAUGACCACGAAGCAUGUAUGCACAGAACAUGUGUGCCAUCCCCCAAAAAAGGCGGCCCACCCUGCGGAGUAGGUUGAGUGAUGAUGGGAGGGGUCUGAAGUCAAACUAACUUCCCAUUAUGGGAAGUGUGUGGCCAAGCAGUUUAUAAAUUCCAACCCCGUGUUUACACCUCACCCACAAUCUGAUCGAUUCUCAUGUUUUCAUCGCCAUCCAAAGGAAACGUCUGCUCUCUUUUAGAAGUGUUUUGCGCUCUGUCAGACAAACGGGCACCAGCCCUAAAAUACGUGGACAGAGCCUCCAAGCUGCUCUCAUAUAAAUCAGGGUCUUCAUAGAUCCUGCUUAGGAGGAACUUGUGCUUCUUUCUCUUGGACCUUGUUUGAACCACCGGCACUCAUGUAUAGCAGCGGCUACUCUCACGUGUCCAAGACCAGCCCGCAGGCCCAGAAGAAGAUGCAGUAUCGGUCAAAGGGCAAAGGCUGUGGCUACUACUUGAGAAUCAUCUUCUUUUUUUCCUCGCUGAUUCAAUCGCUCAUCAUAGUCAGCCUGGUUCUCUUCUUGGUCUAUGGUAAGACGCAGGACUCCGCUUCAACAACACGCAUACAGGACCUGGAGGAGAGCUUCAGUCGGCUCUCCCUCGAGAACGUCGCCCUCAGGCAACAGAGGAAGAACCUGACGACCUUACUCAAUGCCACCCUGACGGAGAAGACCCGCAAUGACUGGGACCUGCUGAGACUUCGGCGCUUGUCAAACAUCUCUGUAAUGUUUAUUCAAGACCUGGACAAGAAGCAGCAACAGACGAAUAUAGAGCUGAUGAUGUGCAAGAACCAGGCACGUUUAGCACCCAGUUGCCCACUAACACUGCGAGUUACGCCUACGACUCUAGGUUGUGGGUUGCAGAUGGAGCGGGUGAAUGCUAAACUUGAACUUGUGGAGUCCAAUUUUACACAAACAACACAGAGAAUGAAGAUGGAAAUGGAAGAGAUUGCCAAAGACAGGGAUAACCUUGACCUGGAGGCCAUCCAUCUAAGGAGGGAAAAGGCAGUUCAUCUGAAGGAGAUUGAGCUCAACACUCUAAGAUGCAAACACGACUUUGUUCAGUCCUUGAGUGGCAUCUCCAAUGUCUCAAGAACCUUUCUACUGAAGAUUGAAUCCCUCUUCCCAACUCACAUUGCUUUCCAGCUCACCUGUGACAAACAGAGGGAGCAUCUGGAGCAGAUCCGCACCAACUGCACCAGUCUGUCUAGAGAGGUGGAAGACAGGUUCCAAAGCUACUUGAAUAAUGUAGGCAGUCAGGUGUCUGAGAUCCUGUCGGAGAACAGCCGCUUGAAGGCUGAGAACAUGCGACGGUCUGAUGACUACCGCGUGUGCAGUCAAAACCGCACAGGGAUGAUCCAAGAGCACAAACAAACCGUAGAGAAGCUUCAGCUCAAACACGACAAGGACUAUGAGAGGAUUCUGUUGGAAAAAAAGAGACUGAACGGCGAUAUUGAUGUCCUUGAAAACAGUGUCAACUACAAAAGAAAACAGGUUGAACUCCUCACAGAGGAACUCAGGAGGCUCAACAUGUCCUGCAUGGCCAAGAGUGGAUUCGGUGGCUUGCCGGGAGCUGGUGUAGGACAGUUUGGGAGGGGAGGGUCAGAUAAUUUUGGUUCAAACUUCAACUCACCUGGGUUUGGAUCAAACAAGCUAGGAUCGACUGGGUUGGGCUCCUCAAAUCCAAGCCUUGGCUCAACUGGCUCAGGAUUAAACCGAUUAGGGUCAACUGGGUUGGGCUCUUCUAGUCUCGGGUCAACUGGGUCAGGAUUAAACAAAUUUGGAUCAACGGGGUUGGGCUCUUCAAGUCUGGGUUCAUCUGGGUCAGGAUUAAACAAAUUUGGAUCAACGGGGUUGGGCUCUUCAAGUCUGGGUUCAUCUGGGUCAGGAUUAAGCAGACAAGGAUCGACGGGGUUAGGCUCAUCAAGUCUUGGUUCAACUGGAUCCGGAUUAAACAAAUUGGGAUCAACUGGGUUAGGCUCCUCAGGUCUUGGCUCAACUGGGUCAGGAAUAAAUAAAUUAGGUUCAUCUGGGCUGGGCUCCUCGAAUCCUAGCUCAACUGGGACAGGAUUAAACAAAUUAGGAUCAACGGGGUUGAGCUCUUCGAGCCUUGGGUCGACUGGGUUAGGAUCAAACAAAUUGGGAUCGUCUGGGACGGGUUCCUCGACUCUGGGGUCCACUGGGUCAGGUUUAAAUAAACUUGGAUCAAAUGGUUUGGGCUCCUCAACGCUUGGUUCAACUGGGUUAGGAUUAAACAAACAAAGCUCAACGGGUUUAGGUUCUUCUGGUCUUGGAUCAACUGGGUCAGGAUUAAAUAAAUUUGGCUCGACAGCGUUAGGUUCCUCUGGACUUGGCUCUACUGGGUUAGGAUUAAACAGGCAAGGAUCAACUAGUUUGGGCACUUCGGGUCUUGGCUCAACUGGCUCGAUGAAUAAUAAACCAACUUCGAGUCUGAAAAGCUCCUCUGGCCUCGGGUCAAGUGGAUUUCCCGUUUUUGGAUUAGGGUUAGGCAACAGUAACACAGGACAAAGUAAACCGGGAACUGGAAUAGGAAGAGGAACAUCAAGUGGAUCUUCACCUGGAAUGGGGAGGACUGGUGGUUUGGGAGGUGGAUCAGUCAGCGUUGCUCAGCACCUUCAAGAUCUGCAACGUAUCAUCAAUCCAUCCUAUGGCUAUGAAGAGCGACAAGAGCUUUCCAGAAUGUUGGGUUAGUCCAUCAUGACGAGGAACACUGCAAGAGAUUUAUCAAUUCAACACAGCUCGCCAAGUUCACCAUGGUAUUAAUAAAUCUGCUUUAUGAUAUACACUGUUGAAUACAAAAAUAAGCACAUUAAAAGGACAGACAAAUUUAAGCACUUUUUUUAUAUAGAAUGUGAAGUCUGUUUUAAUCAUACUAUAUAUCUUUAAUUGUGUACAACUGUGAGAACAAGUUCAUGCAGUAUUUUUAAACAUGUAAAUACAGAAGUCUUUGUUCAAUUGUGCGCUUCUCUUUUUGAUAAACAAAUCUACUUGAGAUAUUACUGCAUUCCGACUCGGAAGUAAGUGUUUGUCCCUCUGUGCGUCACCUAUUGUGUUGCAAUGAUCUCCAAACACCUCACUUACGCCCCCCCCCCCCGAGUUGAAGAGCAGAUUUACUGCCGCUGUAAUUAAUCCAUCCACCAUGUUUACUUUUACCUGCCAACCUUUCAGCAGCCUGAUGGUGGCAGAUGGGUGGAACCUCCACAAAUGGCCAUGAAAACAAUACACUGUUUUUGACUGUAAAAAGAACAUGGAAAUCCACUAUAUAAACAAAAUCCAAAUA